AUGUUCUUGUUUUUUUUUUUUUGUUUCUCAGACAUAGAUGAGUGUCUCAGUGGAGCACACAAUUGCCGACCAGAUCAAGUGUGCACUAAUGUGAGGGGAACGUUCACUUGUCUGUGUCCAAGAGGAUACCAGAAGCGAGGAGAACAAUGCAUUGACAUUGAUGAAUGUUCAUUAUCUUCAUUUUGCCAUCAUCUUUGUGUCAAUACACUGGGAUCUUACUACUGUCAAUGUAACCCUGGCUUCCAGCUUGCAGCAAACAACUACAGCUGUGUGGAUGUUGAUGAAUGUAGUACCAGUCCUUGUGCACAAGAAUGCUACAACAUGAUCGGUUCAUAUGUUUGCCAGUGUAAUCCAGGGUAUGAGCUCAGCAGGGACAGAGUUAAUUGUGAAGAUAUUGAUGAAUGCAGAACAAACAGUUAUCUGUGCCAGUACCAAUGUGUUAACGAGCCAGGAAGGUUCUCAUGUGUAUGCCCGGAGGGAUAUCAGCUUGUUGGGACUCGAUCUUGUCAAGACAUAAAUGAAUGUGAAAGCAACUCUCACGAUUGUGGUGAAGAAGGCAUGUGUUGGAACUACUAUGGUGGAUUCCGAUGUUACCCAGCAAACCCUUGCCAAGACCAUAUGUACGCAUGUCAGAUAAGUAAUCGCUGCGUGUGCCAUGUAACGAAUCCACUUUGUCGAGACCAACCAUACAGCAUCGUCUACAAAUACAUGAGCAUCCGAUCCAACAGACCUGUGCCUUCUGAUAUCUUUCAAAUUCAAGCCACAUUGAUCUAUGCUAAUACAAUUAAUACAUUCAGGAUUAAAUCUGGAAAUGAAAAUGGUGAUUUUUACUUACGGCAAACAAGUGGAGUAAGCGCAAUGCUUGUCAUGAUAAAGCAAUUAACUGGGCCAAGAGAAUACAUCGUUGACCUGGAAAUGGUGACAGUUAACAGCCUAAUGAAUUAUCGUUCAAGUUCCAUUUUACGGUUAACAGUCAUAGUCGGGCCCUACUCGUUUUAG